GUCAUCAAAAUAGCAAAGCUGGCAUAGCAUUCAGCAUUGACAUUUUCCUUCCAUUUUCGGUUAUUGGAAAAGUACCACGUUUUCUCACCAUUUCAUUUUUUAAGUUCUUUCAAAAUAAAGUAUAUUAAAAUGACUGACAUCGAUGAAUUAUUCAGUUGUUUCGAAUCUGUUAACAAUAAAGACUCUCAGGAUACUGAAAAUCUUGAUGACAAGUUUGUCCAGAUUGAUUUGAAAGGCGUUAAAAGGGGAAGUAGUGACGAUAUAAUUUCGUCCAAAAAAAGUAAACAAGAAUCCAAUGUGGUGGAUGUCAAGGACAUAAAUUUUGAAGAACUGAAAAACAGAAUAGUAGUUCAUACGAUAGAAUCAAAAGAAUCAUGUUCACACGAAGUUGCUUAUCCUCCAAGUCAACCAUUUAUUCCACUAAGGCCUCCCACUAGAGAACCAGCAAAAACCUACAAUUUUGUUUUAGAUCCUUUUCAAAAGGAGUCAAUUUUAUGUAUUGAUAAUAACCAGUCAGUUCUAGUUUCUGCUCAUACAUCUGCGGGAAAAACUGUCAUUGCUGAGUAUGCCAUUGCAACAUCAUUGAAAAAUAAACAGAGGGUAAUUUAUACAACACCAAUAAAAGCUCUGUCAAAUCAGAAAUAUAGGGAGUUCAUGGAUGAAUUCAAAGAUGUGGGGUUAGUAACAGGAGAUGUUACAAUUAAUCCUACAGCCUCAUGUCUCAUAAUGACCACAGAGAUUCUCCGUAAUAUGUUGUAUAGGGGCUCUGAAAUAAUGAGGGAAGUAGGAUGGGUAAUAUUUGACGAAAUUCACUAUAUGAGAGAUAAGGAGAGGGGGGUAGUUUGGGAAGAAACGCUAAUAUUGCUACCCCACAAUGUACAUUUCGUCUUUCUUUCUGCCACAAUACCAAAUGCUAGUCAAUUUAUACAAUGGGUGGCCCAUCUGCAUCAGCAACCUUGUCAUGCAGUAUACACAGAUUAUCGACCAACACCCCUACAACAUUUUGUAUACCCAGCUGGUGGAACUGGGAUUCAUAUGGUUGUAGAUGAAAAUGGUAUAUUUAAAGAUGAGAAUUUCAAUGUGGCCAUGUCGGUAUUGCAAGAUUCGGGUGAUGCAGCCAAAGGUGAUCAAAUAGGAAGAAAAGGUGGUUUCAGCAACAAGAAUUCAUCUGAAAGCGACAUCUUCAAAGUACUCAAAAUGAUAAUGGAUAGAAAUUUUGCCCCUUGUAUAGUUUUCAGUUUUUCAAAGAAAGACUGUGAACUUUAUGCCACGCAGAUGACAAAACUUGAUUUUAAUACCACUGCGGAGAAACAACUGAUUGAUGAAGUUUUCAACAAUGCAAUGAAUGUUCUGUCUGAAGGUGACAGAAUGUUACCCCAGGUUCAGCACCUCUUACCGUUGCUCAGAAGAGGAAUUGGCAUUCAUCAUGGUGGGUUAUUACCCAUUCUCAAAGAAACCAUAGAAAUACUUUUCGGUGAGGGACUCAUUAAAGCCUUAUUCGCAACAGAGACUUUUGCAAUGGGUCUGAACAUGCCCGCUAGAACAGUACUGUUCACUGGAAUGAGGAAAUUUGACGGCCAACAGUACAGAUGGCUUACUUCUGGGGAAUAUAUACAAAUGUCUGGAAGGGCAGGAAGAAGAGGUUUGGAUGACAAAGGUAUUGUCAUAUUUAUGGUCGAUGAAAAAGUACCACCAGAAGCUUGCCGAGAUAUUGUUAAAGGAUUACCAGAUCCUAUCAAUUCUGCUUUCCAUUUAACAUACAACAUGGUUCUCAAUCUACUUCGAGUGGAAGAAAUCAAUCCCGAGUACAUGCUGGAAAGAUCUUUCUUUCAGUUUCAAAAUCAGACAGCAAUUCCAGGUCUACACGAGGAAUAUGAAAACAAACGUCAAGAGUACAACGAGUUUUAUAUUGAGAAUGAAGACGAAAUUGCAUCUUACUACGAUAUAAGAAUGCAUCUUGAUAAAUUGGUGGAAGAAUUCAGAAAAAAUUUGACGAAUUUUAAAUCUUUACUUCCUUUCUUACAACCUGGUAGAUUAGUUAAGAUUAAAACUGCAGACGCAGAAUAUGAUUGGGGAGUAGUUGUAAAUUAUAAAAUUAUUAAGCCUCCUCCUAGUAAAAAGAAAGAAAAGGUCAAAUGCCAGAUCGAUAUGCUCCUUCAUGUAACUCUUGAAAACUCUAAAGAUGAUUUUCCUAAGCCAGCUGUCGAUGAAGAACAUGGGGAAUUUGAAGUUGUGGCGGUUGAUUCUCAGUUCAUAACUCACAUCUCUUCAGUAAGAUUGUAUUGUCCGAGCGAUUUGAGAACCAGAGAAGUUAGGAAAACUGUGAAAAAAUCACUGAAGGAAGUCAAAAAACGUUUUGCUGAAGGUCCCCCAUUGUUGGAUCCUGUGAAAGACAUGAAAAUCAACAAUCCAGAGUUUUUGGAAGUUAUUAACAAGAUAGAAAAUCUAGAGAAAGUCAUGAAAGAACACCCCUUGCACGACAGUGCCGUGCUGAACACGUGGUACAAGAAGUACGAGGAGAAGAUGGAGGUCCGAACGAAAUUGGAACUGGCCAGAACCAAGCUGCUGGAGGCGAAAUCGGUGCUGCAACUGGACGAGCUGAAGUGUCGCAAACGCGUGUUGAGGCGGAUGGGCUAUUGCACCAACACAGACGUGAUACAGCUGAAGGGACGGGUCGCCUGCGAAUUGAGCAGUGCCGACGAGCUGCUCCUGACCGAGAUGCUGUUCAGCGGUAUCUUCAACCCCCUGAAGCCGUCCGAGGUGUGCGCCCUCCUGAGCUGUUUCGUCUGCGACGAGAAGAGCAACGACAAGGACGAGUAUCCCAAACAGCUAAUCCUACAGAUGCAGGAUAUCGCUCGAAGGAUAGCCAAGAUUAGCACUGAAGCUCGCUUGCCUCUGGAUGAGCAGGCUUACAUUGAUAAAUUCAGGACUUCGCUAUACAACAUAGUGUAUCAGUGGUGUCAAGGGGCUAGUUUCAGCGAUCUUUGUAUGUCUACAGAAAUUUAUGAAGGUUCGAUCGUUCGUUGUAUGCGGAGACUGGAAGAACUUUUGAGACAGAUGGUACAAGCUUCAAAGACCAUAGGAAAUAAGGACUUGGAAGACAAGUUUAAUGAAGCGAUAAAAACGAUCAAAAGGGACAUUGUUUUUUCGGCUAGCUUAUAUCUGUAAUAUAAGACCCCCUCUACACUUUCUAAUGAUUUGGACUUGAUCGGUCUGUAAUAUUUUAACAUCCCAGUUUCCCUUUUAUAUCAUAAAAUUGUAAAUACAAAUGUGUGCAAAGAUUUUUGAAUGUACUUCAUAAACUGAAAAUUUUAUUAUAUGAGAAGUAUUGAAUAAACUUUUUUUUAUGAAAAUAAUAUAUAAAAAUGUUGGUUACUUUUGCUUUACUAUUUUUCUGAUAUUUAUUCGACUAAGACUGAAUGAAUGUUGAACAAAAUCGAGAAUGAAGUAGAAUUAAAUGAUUGAUUCUUAAUCAGAAUUCCAUUUUUGAAAUCGGGAUCUACAGAAUUAAACGUAUUUUUGAGAACAAAUAUUUACAUGCUUUUGGCAGAACACGUUGUUUCUUGGUUACAAUGUGCCUAAUUGUCAACCCACCCCCACCUCAGUACUAUUAGUUCAUGUGCAGGUACUGAGCAAUUGUCUGUACAUGUCUUUUGGCAUAUAAAAAGAGCGCAGUUUUUCGGAAUAUUCAGUUUCAACUGAGAGUUCCUGAAGAUUGCUGCUUUGUGGGAAAAAAAGAAGCUAACGUUUCCGUUCAUAUGAUAGAGUUUAGUUCAUAGUACGGAAUAGUUGCUUCUAUUUUUCCCACAUCUAUCUUCAUUUGAAUAUCCCUAAGUCGAAGUUGCGUUCUGUGAUCCCAGUUCAAAAAUGGAAUUUAAGUUUGUUUCAAGAAGAUGAAACCCUUAAUCAUCAGCGAGAUUUCUUCGACACUAUUCCUAUUUCUGCAGAAUAGUACGAGGAAAUAUCGCCAUUGGUUUAGGGAAUUCAUACUUUAUUUUCGAUUCUAUUUCAAUCUUCAUUCAUUAUUUAGGUGAGAUUAUUUUUGUUUUUUUUUUCAACAUUUAUAUAUUUAUUAUGUAAGUCGAUAUAUUGAGUGUUUUGUUAUAACAUUUCGAUGUCCAAAUUUUCAUUUGUUAGUGUCUAAUGUUUAUAAAUUCAUAUUGAAUAAAUAACGUCUAUAGUA